UACAAUUGUGUUUACCUCAUUUUGCUUUGCGCUGGGAGAGAGCUUCAUGUAGUUUUUUAACCCUUUUUUUCAAUUUAUCUUCUCACAUCUAUUUCACAGUCCAUCUUGGUACGGAACGACUCAUCUUCAACUUUCCAAAAAAAACGAGUAUCAAAAGAAAUGGCAACUCAGCAUUGUGAAACAUACCCAAGUGACAGAGACAACGCCGAAAAUAAGAUAUCGAUACAGGUCCAAGGUUUUCGUCUUGAAAUUUAUUCAACUCGCCAGACCAAAUUCUCCUGCUCCAUUGAUAAAAAUGAAGUAGAAAUCGUGCUGAAAAUCAAAGAAGAAAAAGAGGUCUUGACAAUCGGUGUACAGCCUCAGGACGAAAGAAACAUCGGAGUAGGACUAGACACUGCUCCCGAAACUUCGGGGUCGGAGACACACGAUGACGAUAUAAUGUCUGAAAUUGGACCACUGCGAUCUGAUGGCGGAAGCCAUGUUUCUCUGGGAUUGCCAGAGGAGUGA